GAGUGAAGAUUUCCAGAAGCUUGCAGAAAGGGAAAUCGCCUCCUGUGAAGAAGAGAUAGCCGAACUGAAACACCAGAUAGUGUUGCUUCUGAUUCCUUCAGAAGAAACAGACGAGAGUGAUCUUGUCAUGGAAGUAACCGCUGGAGUUGGAGGGCAGGAAGCCAUGCUGUUCACCUCGGAGAUAUUUGAUAUGUAUCAACGAUAUGCUGCCUAUAAAAAGUGGAAAUUUGAAAUAUUAGAGUUCUCUCCCAGUGAACUAGGUGGCCUAAGACAUGCAGUUGCCAGUAUAGCAGGUCUUGAGGCUUACAAGUACAUGAAAUUUGAAGGAGGAGUGCAUCGUGUUCAACGGGUGCCAAAGACAGAAAGACAAGGACGCAUUCACACCAGCACAAUGACUGUUGCAAUAUUACCCCAACCCACUGAGAUGAGGCUGCAAAUUAAUCCGAAAGAUCUGCGGAUAGAAACAAAGCGUGCUAGUGGAGCUGGGGGCCAGCAUGUCAAUACCACAGACAGUGCUGUACGGAUAGUUCAUAUUCCAACAGGGAUCAUGUCUGAAUGUCAGCAAGAAAGAUCUCAAAUUAGAAACAAAGAGAAGGCUAUGCAAAUGCUAUGUGCUAAACUAUACAACGCCAAACUGGAAGAAGAAACCAAAAAGAGAAACAGUGUUCGAAAGAUUCAAAUUGGGACUAAAGGAAGAUCGGAGAAGAUCAGAACAUACAACUUCCCACAGGACCGGAUUACUGACCACAGGAUAAGCAGAUCAGUGCAUCAUAUUGAGUGUUUCAUGCUAGGGGAAGAAAUGCUAGAUGAAAUGAUACACACUCUGAGAGAAUAUGCUGAUUAUGAAUCUUUAAUGGAAAUUAUUUCAGAAAAUGAGAAAAAGAAUCUAUCCUGACCGUUGCUCUUUGUCAGCCCAUUACAACAGAUGCAGACAUUUGUCUGCAAAGGAGCUUCUUGGAGCACCACCCAGAAAAUGCAACUGCUUUGCAGAUCAUGGAAGACACCACAACUUCUUUCCUCAGGACUGACAAACAGUUUUCUUACUUGCCAAGUCAAAA